AGGAACUACCUGCCAGCGAUUUGCAUCUUCCAGAUCGUUCGCCAUGGUAGGCAGUCCGACGAACGGGCGUCCGACCAGUCCGAGCUCGGACUUCCAUCGCCUGCUGUCGGCGCUGACGGCGGAGUACGAGCGCUUGCGCCUAGAGAACUCUGCGCUGCGGAAGGAGCUCAAGGGGGAGGUGUCCAUCUCGCCCACGCCGCCUACCUGGGCGCUGGAGGACGGCGACGUGCCGGUGCCGCCUACCUGCACCUCGCCCACCAAGCGUAGCUGCACUGCCACCUUGGAGGUGCCGGGCUGUGUGGCGGAGAUGGUGCACAGCGAGCUGCCGGAGGAGGAUGAGAGUUGGGCGCCACUGGAGCCGGACGGACCACCUCCCAUGAUGACCAAUGUGACCCGGGGCUCAGCGAUGAAGCACGGCCGGGUCUACGAGGUGGACGAGACCGAGGAGCGGGCCAACUUCCUGCUGAUGCUCGACGUGGUGCCCGCCGUGGUGAUCAUGGCCUCCGCCGCCGUGGCCGGCUUCUCCGCGGACAUCCACCCGGAAUCCAUCGGAUGGAAGGUCCUAGAGGCCUUGUUCACCGUCUUCUUCAUCGCGGAGAUUCUCGUGAAGUCCCGGGUCUUUGGCUGCAAGGAGUAUGUCUGGGGCCCGGACUGGUAUUGGAGUUGGUUUGACAUCCUCUGCGUGAUCUUAGCUCUGGUGGAUAUGACCCUCACGUACAUCAGCAUGACUUCGGACUUCCACGCGGACACGGGUGCCAUGAGCAGCCUGAAGAUGCUGAAGCUGGCGCGCCUGGGGCGGAUCGUGCGACUGCUCAAGUUCAAGAUCUUCCAGGAGCUGAAGCUGAUGAUCCAGGGUGUUUUCACUGGCCUGCGGGUGCUGACCUGGGCGGUGAUUUUGCUGGUGGGCUUUAUGUACCUCUUGGGAGUGGUGGCCAGGACGCUCUUCGCUUCGCAUGAGGAGUUCUCUUCGAUUCCUGCGGCCAUGUUCACCUCCUUCCGCUGCUUCACCGACGGGUGCGCCGCCUUUGAUGGCACGCCGCUCCAGGAGCGGCUCCGAAAGAGCUCGGACUUCGGAGGGCUCUUCAUGCUGUCCUACAUCCUCUUGUUUUUGUUCGUGACCAUCGGGAUCUUCAAUCUGAUCAUGGCCGUGUUCAUCGACAACGUCACGGACGGCAGCACCAAGAAGCGGCAGCGUGAGCUGGGACAAAACGCCCCGAAGACCGCCUGGGUGAUUUCCUCCUCCCUGAGACAACUGAUCAUGACUGGGAUCUUCCAGAAAGAAGCCGAAGACGAGGCAGAGAGGGGACAACAGGACCGUCGAGUGUCCAAGAUCCUCAGGGACAAACUGGUUUCUAUGCAGGUCAGGUAUGGGUACAAGCCCAAGAGCCGCAGUGAGUACGAAGAGCUCACAGAAAGGAUCCGCGAGGAGAUGUCGAAUCGCAAUGUGGUGGUGACCAGGGAUGAGUUCAAUGGAUGGCUCGGUGAGGAGGAACUGCUCGAGACGCUUUCAGACGCUGAGAUUGAUGUAUCUUGCAAGUACGAUCUCUUCGACGUCCUGGACGCGGAUCUCAGUGGCGAGUUGGAAUUCGAGGAGAUGAUUGAUGGCUUGCUGAAAUGUCGAGGCCCCGCGUCGAAGACGGACAUCAUCGCCAUUCGGCUGAAGACGAGGCAUUUGGUUCGUAUGGUGACGCAGAUCUGUGAGAAGCUGCGCAUUCAGACCACUUGAGCUUCGACUCACGUGCUCAACACCGAUUCGGGGAUUGAAGGUUAGUACGGGGCAGUCCCAGCCAGAAACAGCUGCGGAUAUCCGCCUUCUUAAUUCUUGAAGCAUGGUUCUGGGUAGACCAUUUUAAUACCGGGUUUUGAUUGUGUCUCACUUGAGCUUCGACUCAGAGGCGUUGUUGCGAAGCGCGUUCUGGGAAUUGGCAAGCUGAGCCCAUCUGGGUUUGUCGUGUUUUGAGUGGGCACCCUUUUGGUUUUGAGUGGGA